AGUGAGCGAGUCGGCGCGCGAGACAUGGACACGAAGACAGAGUGAGAGCAGACUGACCUCGGACCGUCAGUGCCGUUAGUGCCCCCGCCAUCAGACCCUCACAUGUUACACAAGAUCACUGAUCCUUCAGUUGAAGAAGCGCUGGGAAGCACUCGGCCGGCUGUCAGUGUGUGUUUUGGCGCUCUCGCUCACGGGAGGACCAAAGCUGUUUUCUGCAUUGUUCACAUCAUCGUGCACUUAGUUCAGGAUUCAGUGACUCCACAGAACAGGAGCGGAUUAUAAUCUCUUCUUGGAUUUUCCUCCUCUUCAAACUUCUCUUUAUACGGCUGCAAACUGCGCACGGAGAUGGCGCAAAGGUACGAUGAGCUUUCUCAUUACGGAGGCGCGAUGGACGGAGUCGGAGUGCCCACCUCCAUGUACGGUGACCCGCACGCUCCCCGACCCCUGCCCCAGGUCCACCAUCUGAACCACGGGCCGCCCCCGCACCCGACCCAGCACUACGGAGCCCACGCGCCGCACAACAUCAUGCCGAGCAGCAUGGGCAGCGCCGUGAACGACGCACUGAAGAGAGACAAGGACCAGAUCUACGGCCACCCGUUGUUCCCUCUGCUUGCUCUGGUGUUCGAGAAGUGCGAGCUGGCGACCUGCACGCCCAGAGAGCCCGGGGUGGCGGGAGGAGACGUCUGCUCCUCCGACUCUUUCAAUGAAGACAUAGCCGUGUUUGCAAAACAGAUCCGAGCAGAAAAACCUUUAUUUUCCUCCAACCCGGAGCUGGAUAACCUGAUGAUUCAAGCGAUUCAGGUGCUUCGGUUUCAUCUGCUGGAGUUAGAGAAGGUCCAUGAGCUCUGUGAUAACUUCUGCCACCGGUACAUCAGCUGCCUCAAAGGCAAAAUGCCGAUUGACCUGGUCAUAGAGGAGCGAGAUGUCUGCAAGUCGGACUUCGACGACCUCUCAGGAUCCUCCACGAACCUGGCAGAUCACAACCCAGCGUCCUGGAGAGACAUGGACGACGCCCACUCCACACCCUCCGUGGGCACCCCGGGACCAUCCAGUGGGGGACACGUCUCCCAGAGUGGAGACAACACCAGUGAACUCGGAGACGGCCUCGACAACAGCCUGGCAUCACCAGGCACGGGAGACGAGGACGACCAGGACAAGAAGAGGCAGAAGAAACGAGGCAUCUUUCCCAAAGUGGCCACAAACAUAAUGAGGGCGUGGCUGUUCCAGCACCUCACGCACCCGUACCCCUCAGAGGAGCAGAAGAAGCAGUUAGCACAGGAUACAGGCCUCACCAUUCUUCAAGUGAACAACUGGUUUAUUAAUGCAAGAAGGAGAAUAGUCCAGCCUAUGAUUGACCAGUCCAACAGAGCAGUGAGUCAGGGUACAGCUUACAGUCCGGAUGGCCAGCCAAUGGGAGGCUUCGUUCUUGAUGGGCAGCAGCACAUGGGUCUCCGACCUGGAGGACCCAUGGGUGGCAUGGGCAUGAACAUGGGCAUGGAUGGGCAGUGGCACUACAUGUAAAUCCACUCCAGUGAGGCGAGCCUGAACAACAGGGUGAAGCCUCCAUGGUUGGCUCAGGGAUCUUCUUCCAUCAGGCAGUGGAGCUCAGAUCUGGAGCUGUUGCUGCAGCUGCACGUCACACCCACCUGACCACUCCCACCUCACCUUGCCCGAGCCCGCACGGUGCGCGGGUGUACAGGAUCACCAUGGGCACGCCUAACUCCUGCACGAGAGGCCGCCCCACAGACUUGGACUUUACAGUGAAAAGAGACAGGGUGCGAGGCGCGCAGGGAGAAAGGAAGCAGUGUCACACGUCUCCUCCAUUUCCUUUAAAUUAUUUAUUUAUUUUUCUACGACGGGGGAAGAAGCUCCCUGUUUCUCUCGUUUUUAAAGCUCUGCCCCAUCACAUCCCUUUCUUCACAGGACACAACACUGUGGGGCACGUGUGGAGUCGGUGAGACGUAUAAUCGUUGUGUAUAGAUUUGUGCUCUUCGUUUGGCUGUUUCUGUCCAUGUUUGGCUUGUGAUCAUUAGACGUUAGAUGAAUUUCACCGACAUGUUUUAAAAGGUUUUGUAAGAAAGAUGAUGUGACUGUUUCUGUUCUCCACUGCACCUAUGUCUUCGUUUGAAUCCACUUGUUCUUAAAACCUGUGACUGAACAGGCUAAGGGACCAUGACUAGAAGGCGGACUCACGUCCAUUUUGUACAAUGUUUUAAAUAGUUUGGUAGCACUACAGGAGAGGUCGGGUCUGCACUACAACAAAAUAAAGACGUACCCGAGGAAGACAUAAGCAACAGAGUUUUAUUAUAAAUAUUAGAGGGACAAAGGUCAGAGCGGACACAGUUGUUAAAGCAACCGCGUUAGUUUGUGGAGCAGGUCACGUAGCUCCACUUCGAUUGCGGUUGUCUGCUCUUAUUGGGUGGAUGGUGACAGGGAUGAUGAAUGGCCCAGCUGCCAGAGACACAAAAUCAGCCAAGGCGGCAGCUUUUACUCACUGUGUGUGUGUGUGUGUGUGUGUGUGUGUGUGUGUGUGUGUGUGUGUGUGUGUGUGUGUGUGUGUAAUGUAGACAAAAUUGAAAUACAGAAUAGAGGAAGAAUCCCGUUGAUUCCUACAGAAGAAUACAUUUCCUGGUUUUCACCGAUAUUUUUUUCUUUGUCUCCAACGUUCAGGAGAAAAUAAUAAACAGAUGAAGCGUCUCAUUAAUCACUGUCAGCCGGUAACGAUCCUCCAGUUCAGCCUUUAUGAUUAUUGAUAAAUGUUCAUUUUAACAACAACCGACCGACAUGAUCGCGCGCUCUGUGAGUUAAAACCUGGAAGAUUUGACUUUAUAACCUACCAUUUACAAUUUAUAAAUA